AUGCACGACUCGGUGCCGAGCGAGCGGAACCCCGAGAGUGCGGAAAAACCGAAACCACAAGAGCCGGUGGCCACAGCAGCUUCGGUUACAGCGACAGCUACCGCCGUGGAUAGCGGUGUUUCCCCUCCCACGCAGUCUCGUACACGGAGAUUUGUGCAAUUUUUAUGGGCCUGCUACAAUUACAUUGACGCCCCACUGGAGUUUGCGAUUCAGCAGAGUGUGGAGCUUGCACAGUUUGUGGAUGCCGCCCAGUGCACCUCGUUCCUUUCAUGCCAGCAGCAGCAGGUGCGAUGGGGACUAUGGGAAAUGCUGCGGGACAUGCAGGCGCGGGAGGUGAGUGCGCUAGAGCUGGAAAAGCAACAGCGCUUGUACGGAGGGCUGGCAAGAACUGGAGCGAAGCGGGGGUUGGUGUCGUGUGCGCAUCCGAGCCGAGACACGGUGGGGAUUGCCAUGGGAACUAACGUGUGUCGUAGUAGUGGUAAUCACAGUCGUGGCGUAGGGAGCGUUGCGGGAUCCGUGUGGGACGGGUUGAGUGAAGCAGACGAGGAUGCCUUGCGUGGCGCGUUGUUGGCCCGUGGACGGUACCACGCGCGUGUCCCGCGGCACGCCAGCCACUGCCAGCGACGCAGUGGUUGCAGGAAGAACUCCUUGGUGGUGUCACAGGGAGCGCUACAGUCAGCGCCGGCGAAGCCGUCUCAGUCGUGUCUACGCUACGCGCUUUUUACGGAUCCCGCCAUGAUGGGGGUUGUGGGGAAGACACCGCUGCCGGAGGUAUCAGGUGCUGUCAAUGCUUUGGCAGCUGAGCCCCACGACCCUGCUGCCGUGCUUGGGGGCGUGGAGUCCCUCACACCCGGGUGUUCCCUCUGCAUUGCACAGGGUCUUCUUCAAGCUACUUGGGCGAGUCUGCAUCUGUUGCAGUUGGUGAACGUAGCGAGCAUUGCCCACCUCUGCGCCGCACCACUUUUGUUGCCCAGUGACGUCUUAUCAACGACCCCGCGCGAGGCGCUUUGCAUCGGUUACCAUGUUGCACAGCACCAGCUAAAACUGGCUGUGGGAUUUCUUUUCUCCAUCGCGACAUCGCCGGUAUCCUCACCGCACUCCACAUCUGUCAGGCAGCAGGAACAAACGGAGGGCUCCAUGGCAGAUGAGAAGAAGAAGCAUCACGCCGAUGUGAUACGGGUUAUUAAGACGCUGGCCACGCAUGGGCUUGACGUCUGUGUACAUCUUCUGGCAGCACUGCGAUGCCUGGAACCAGGCAACGCGUAUGUGGUUCUCCUGCACGCUGCAGUGCUGGCAUUUUGUGAUCGCGACGGUGUUUCCAAAGCGAAGCAGCUGUUGCGUGUCUUUAUCACAUCCGUGCUGGUGGAAUCCGGUGAAAAACCACUCCAGGGGGACUGUGACGCGUACGAGAUGUGGCUUAGAUUUGAAUCUGCAUUGGGUGGUGAAGUUGCGGCAAGGCCCGAUAGUGAACGGGAAAUGUCGCUGCUAGAGCGGGUGGCCUCGGGUAUUCUCUUCUCGGUGUUUCUGGAACUGCUGGAGCUGGAGCAGCUGCCCCCACUAAUCACGCACGGUCCGUAUGCAAACAAGUGCGACACGACGGCAAAAGCAACGGCUGUCUCAGCCGCUGCAAUCUGCCUUCGGGCCCGUGAUAUUCUUGACAAGGUGCUGCAGCCGCGUUUAGUUAAGUUGUGUGACGCCGCUGACGGCGCCAUUAGCACACGCGGGCGCCAGUUACAGUCGCUAUGUUGGCUGCUGCGCGGAACGCUGUGUCACAUUCUUAACGCGCUCUCCCUGGCGCCCAGCACUGCCACUAUUUUAUCACAUACGUAUAACGCAGAUGCCCCGCUGGCGUGCACACGUGAGGCGGUGAACCGAAGUGACGCGGCACAAGAGUUUGUGGGUCACCCACUUGUCCCUGCGUGGAUUGACCAAAUGCUCGGCGAGCUUGAGGGCGGAGCGGUGAGGCCUGGUGAAAAUAGACUGCCUUCGAUGCGUGCUGAUAAGAACGGCGGAGCGGCCACCACGCAGUGGCGCCUGCGUGUGGAUGGAGACGCAGCACCGACAGCGGCGUUCGAUGCGACGGAGGAGGAGAAGGAAGAAAGGGAGAAGAGGAUUUGCGACGGUGCGGAUGUGGGUGUACUUCCCCCGCAUGAGCGGGUGACGGAGGUCGCCCCUCUGCCGCCGCCGGCAAUGCGCUUGUGGUUUGUGCUGGCGCAGACGCUAUUCCGCAGCACCUCGGCGGACCUUGUCGCGGCUGGCUCGCGCGACGGCGAGGCUGCGGAGGAGAACACCGACAGGGACAUCAGCGAGGGAGCCUUCGCAACGACCCCCGCGAGCCAAACCGGCGUUGCCGCAGGAGGCCACACCAAGGACGCCGUCUCACGUGCUUCCCAUAAAGAAGCCGUGGCGACAAGGAGAGGCCUCACAGUGCAGCGGGCCGCCAUGGAGGAGCGGGAGAACGUCAAGAAGGUGAUGGAGGCACGACGCCGCACGGAGCAGUCGCCCAUCGGGUUUUGGUGGCGCUGGCACGAGGCGAUGACGCGGUACCGUUUGUUGUCUGUCACCACAGACGCGGCGCAGGCAUCAUUGUUGGGGCGGUACUGCCAACUGUUUGUCUCGACUGCCGGGGACGGCGUUCCGCCAACGACGUUCAUGCGUGCCUUGAUGGAGGCCCAUCCCGUCGUGUCUAGCGAGGGUAAGGCAUUCGCGGCGGCCCACUUUUUUCUCAUUUGCCGACGCCGACGCGGGAGGCGGGAGCGGAGCCGGAAGAGCUGUCGCUAG